UGUAUUUUACGUGUAUUUAGGCUGUUUUGAGUAGCAGUUGGGCGGGUUUCGUUGUGAAAACCUGGCAACCCUGAUCCCGCAGCUGAUUUCACAAUAUCCUCAUUACAGCGUUAAACACGCACGUUAUCGUCAUAUUAACUGCGAUUACAGGUGUGCUUUGUCAGUUUGGCGUAAAUGUCAUUGCUGUUCGGGAAACCGAAAGCUAAAGCGUUACGAAACGGAUCAGCUGGGCUGCCAUAGUAUCAGAUGGUGAAUCUAGAGUCAUCAUGCAGAGUACAGCGAACUACCUGUGGAUGAUGUCUGACCUGCUGGGUCAGGGAGCCACAGCCAACGUUUACCGCGGUAGACACAAGAAAACCGGCGAUCUCUAUGCGGUCAAAGUGUUCAAUAACCUGAGCUUCCUGCGUCCGCUGGACGUCCAGAUGAGGGAGUUCGAGGUGCUGAAAAAACUCAACCACAAAAACAUCGUGAAGCUCUUCGCCGUUGAGGAGGAGUCAAACACGCGUCACAAGGUGUUGGUGAUGGAGUAUUGUCCGUGCGGAAGUCUCUACACGGUUCUCGAGGAGCCGACGAACGCUUACGGACUCCCGGAGGACGAGUUCCUCAUCGUUCUGCAGGAUGUCGUGGCGGGAAUGAAUCAUCUGAGAGAGUACGGGAUCGUCCAUCGAGACAUCAAGCCCGGGAACAUCAUGCGUGUGAUCGGAGAAGACGGACGAUCUGUCUACAAACUGACCGACUUCGGAGCCGCGCGUGAGCUGGAGGACGACGAGCAGUUCGUGUCGCUUUACGGCACAGAGGAGUAUCUGCAUCCUGACAUGUACGAGCGAGCCGUGCUGAGGAAAGACCACCAGAAGAAAUACGGAGCCACGGUGGAUCUGUGGAGCAUCGGAGUCACGUUUUAUCACGCCGCCACCGGCAGCCUGCCGUUCAGACCGUUCGAAGGGCCGCGCAGGAACAAAGAAGUCAUGUAUAAGAUCAUCACAGAGAAGCCUUCCGGCGCGAUCUCGGGCCAUCAGAAGUUUGAGAACGGGAAGAUCGAGUGGAGCUCAGAGAUGCCGAUCUCCUGCAGCCUCUCGAAGGGUCUUCAGAGUCUCCUCACUCCAGUUCUGGCUAACAUCCUUGAGGCAGACCAGGAGAAAUGCUGGGGCUUCGACCAGUUCUUCGCCGAGACCAGCGAAAUCUUACACCGCAUCGUGGUCUACGUGUUCAGUCUGCAGCAGGCCACGCUCCAUCACGUCUACAUACACACAUACAACACUGCGAAUCUCUUUCAGGAGCUGCUCUUCAGACGGACCAACAUAACGCCGUCUCAUCAGGACUUUCUGUACGAGGGCCAACGCCUCGUCCUCGACCCCAGCCGGCAGGCUCAGACCUUCCCCAAGACCUCCAGAGAGAAUCCCAUAAUGCUACUGAGCAGAGACCCUGUCAACACCGUCGGCCUGCUGUUUGAGGACCCCAGCCCACCUAAAGUACAGCCGCGCUACGACCUGGAUCUGGACGCCAGCUACGCCAAGACAUUCGCAGGUGACGUUGGAUAUCUGUGGAAGACGUCCGAUUCUUUGCUUCUGUACCAGGAGCUGGUGAGGAAAGGCGUCCGAGGCCUGAUCGAGCUGAUCAGAGACGAGUACAGUGAGACGGCGCACAAGAAGACGGAGGUGAUUCACAUGUGUAACUACUGCAGCCAGACGCUGGAGCGAACCGAGCAGCUGUGUGACGCUCUGAUGCAGGGAAACCUCCUGUUGGCGGAGUACGAUGAGAUCCGGGACAUGAGGAAGAAGGUGAUGCGGCUCUCCAGCUCUCUGGGCUCCAUGGAGCAGACGCUUCAGGACAUCAGCAGCAUGUUCCUGCCGGGAGGAAGUCUGACCGACACGUGGACACAGCAAGUGGGAACGCACCCUGAAGACAGGAAUGUGGAGAGGAUCAAGGUUCUGCUGGACGCCAUCAGCAGCAUCUACCAGCAGUUCAAGAAGGACAAGGCCGAGAGACGUUUGCCUUAUAAUGAAGAACAAAUCCACAAGUUUGACAAGCAAAAGCUGGUUCUUCACGCCACAAAAGCGCGGGCGCUCUUCACAGAUGAGUGCGCCAUGAAAUAUCGCCUCUUCAUCUCCAAGAGCGAGGAGUGGAUGAAGAAGUUCCAUCACGUGCGGAAGCACCUCCUGUCUCUGACCGGUCAGUUCAGCAGCAUGGAACAGGAAGUGACCCUGCUGGUGCAGCGUGUGUAUAAACUGCUGGAGCUGUUACCGCAGAAGAUUGUGCCCAUGACGUCUGGAGGAAUCAAACCGCAGGCGUACCUCAGUCCCAACACACUGGUGGAGAUGACACUGGGGAUGAAGAAGCUGAAGGAGGAGAUGGAAGGAGUCGUGAAGGAGCUGGCGGAGAACAACCUGUUCCUGGAGAGGUUCGGGACACUGACGGUGGACGUGGAUCGGAUGUGACGCGCUCGCCUCUCUCGGAUCAUCACAGCACAAAUCACAAACUGUUAGUUGUACAUAUGAAUAGAAUGUAAAUACACGUCUUAAACUUUACGUCACGCCAUUAUUUUAAUCCUGCGUUAGUUCUCUGAAUGUGAACAUUAAACUAGAGUUGCUCUUAAGCCCAAAUAAGUGAUUUUAUUUCUGUUCUCGUCAUGAAAGUGAAGUACAUCCAUCAUUAGAUCCGUAAGCAUGUGUGCGGUUCGGAAACGCUCCUGCUCGUGUGUGUGUGUGGGUGAACGUUACUGAACGACCUUCAGUGUGAAUGAAAGCGCAUCUUAAACUUUACGUCACGCCAUUAUUUUAAUCCUGCGUUAGUUCUCUGAAUGUGAACAUUAAACUAGAGUUGCUCUUAAGCCCAAAUAAGUGAUUUUAUUUCUGUUCUCGUCAUGAAAGUGAAGUACAUCCAUCAUUAGAUCCGUAAGCAUGUGUGCGGUUCGGAAACGCUCCUGCUCGUGUGUGUGUGGGUGAACGUUACUGAACGACCUUCAGUGUGAAUGAAAGCGCUUGCACUAUUUAUAGACAUUAAUGUGUGUUUCUCUAAAUGAGUAAAAGAACCGCUGAGUUCUGAUAAAA